AUGAUCUCCACAACGAAGACACAGAUUCUUGUCUCCUCCAUGAUUCGAAAUUGGACUAACGAUAAACUAACCAUCUCCUUGAGUGAAAUGUAUGACGUCUCCAUUGCCUACAUAGAUUCCUGCAACCAUCGUUAUCACCGCCGUCUCGCUGCAACCUUCAAGCAAAGAACACUACUUCCUUCUUCCUCUACUCUCCACUCUCUUCGGCCUAAGGUCACCGUCGUCUCUAACCUUCGCACGGUCGCCCUGGAAGACGCAGCUAGACGAAGUAAGUCCUGUGGUGGGAGGAGACACUUUGCAAAGAUCGUUGAGGUUCUUGCUUUCUCUAAUGACUCGAGUCACCAGAGAUCUGAGGAUAGGUUUGAUCGACUCGUCGAGGUUAGUUUAAAAGCUUAUACUGCUUCUUCUUUGGGGCAACUGCUAGCUUUUCUCGUAAUGGAUAAACCAUGGAACCAAGAGGAUCCAUAUACAGUCUUCCAUAACAAGAGCUAUUGCGAAAACAGAGAGGAGAACGAAACAAGAAAGGACCGAGUUGCCAAAAUGCUCCUUAUUGUCGGGUUUGAUCACGAAAGCUGUUCUCAUAACAACAGCAAGCACUGUAGUUUCCCAGCAGCUUUCUUCUUCUUCACACGUCGACGAAGGAGUAACAGAGUCAACGUCGAGAACACUUUACCUCGUUUCUCUCCUCUUCCGCCGGUGGAGACGGCGACUUUGGCUCAUGAAAGUUUCACNCGGUUUGGUGGUAACGUGAAAGGUUUGAUCCUCGAUGAGAAUGGUCUUGAUGUGUUGUAUUGGAGAAAGUUACAGAGUGAAAGAGAGGAAAAGUGA